CUUCUCUCCCACACGAAUUAGGCCCUCUCUGUACGACUGCGCGCAUUACGCACCCUUCUCUCUCCUUUUCCCUUUUUUAGGUUUAAGCCAAAGCUAAUUUUACAUUAAUACCCUCCACCUCAUAUAUAUUUCGCAAUUUGAUUUUAUUUUCUUUAUAUUUUUUUUCAAAUAAAAAUUAAGAACAACCAAACCCUAGAAGAUACAAAACACAAAUCGGUGAUCCCAGAGUUAAACAAACAUCAAUUCAUCUUAAUAACAACUCAUCGAUACAAAUUCAUAUCCGAAUUUGAAGAAAAAGGUUUUGUGUAAUAUCCAUUCCAUUCACAAGAAUUAAAACUACAAUGAGGUUCAAAAAAGGUAGCAAAGUGGAGGUUAUGAACAAUGUGAGUUACUAUGAUUAUGAAGGUGUGGAAAAGGUAUCUAGGAGGUUCAUUAAGCCAUGUGUAAGAAAGAAGAUUGGUUCAAAGAUCUGUGAGGAAGAAGAUGAUGCUUCUAGGAAACAAAAGAGAGCUUCCCCUUUUUGUUCAUCUGUUCACGAAUCAAGUCAAAAAGUCAAACCUGGGAGUCAAAGAAGAUAUGUUUCAUGCGAUUCUUAUAAAAAGAGUUACAAAAUUGGAGGCAUGCAUCUUUUGCUUCCAAAGAUCCAAAACAAGAUUCUGAUUCUGCUGCCUUUCUGUUGGAAAAAAAGUUCUAAGUGUGAUAUGAUAUCAAACAGUCUGAAUCUAAUCUUUACCAGACUCGGUAAGAGGAAUAGAAACACAACAAACACAUUAUUUGGGCACUUGUGGGCCAUGAAUCAUCAAAUUGUGGGAGGUGAUAGGUUGUUAUUAAUGGUAACUCUUGAUUACCAAAUGUUGAUGAUGAAUAGGGAUGUUGUGUGUUUCGAGAUGAUGAUGAUGGAAUAAACGUGUAUUCCAAGUUAGUUUGAAUGAUGGAACAACAUUUGUUUAUGGGAUAUGAUUGUGGGAAAAAGGAACACUUUCUGUUAUAGGAUGACAAGUGUGUUCUAAGUUGGGGAGGAUACAUAUGUAUACAAGCUAUUAAUUAUAUAAAAGAAUAUUGCAUAAUGUUUAAAUGGUUCAUUCUUAUUAUUGUUAUCAUUAAUGACAUGAAAACUUGUGGAACUCAUUAUAAUUUCAAGUUUGCUUUGUAUGGUAGAGUGACAUGCUGGACCAGAAGGGAUGUCCCAUAUCGCAU